AUGUCAGAGUAUAGAAACUCUACGGACUCGUCAUCGGGAUUCGAUACUAGAAACGAACACAACCGAACGUACAUUGAUGAAAAGGAGAACCCGAUAACAGCGAACCACACCCAUAACUUUACCAGGAUCGGUAAAAUGCCUGGAAAGAACGCAUUACCACUACUGAACCUGAAGGCAAUGGUAGCAAAAUCCUUUCCAAAUGGUCGACAUAUAAGAAUAUACAACCGCGAUGUACCCAUAGACAACAUGACAUUCGGACAAGUCGAAGCAAUGAUGGAAUGGGAACGCGAAACAACGUAUACAAUACCACGACAGAAAACCUGCGGUCUAGUUGGUAAUGGCGGUAUUCUGUUGAAUAGUAGCUGUGGCAACGACAUCAAUUCUAACGAUUUUGUCAUUCGAUUCAAUAUUCCGGAAAUUGAGCAUUUUGUGAAAGAUGUUGGCUUAAAAACUAACCUUACACUUGUCAAUUAUGAAUUAAUGAAGUAUUUACACCGUGCAGCAAUGAGACAUGCCAACAAACUGGAACGACUUCGCAGCUAUCAAUUUCUGAAUGACUCAAUACUAUGGUACCCAGGUACCUUGUCACACAAUAUCAGAAGACUUGCUCUCAGUAAUCUAAAAUCAAAGUUUCAUAUACCAUUUAGAGUUGCAUAUACCCCAACAUUUUCAGCAAAUACAAGUUUUCAUCUUAUAAAAAGGUUGGAUCCUCGUCACAGAUUAACUGCUGGAAUCAAUACAAUCGUUGCUGCGCUCUCCAUUUGUGACGAAGUCACUAUAUACGGGUUUUAUCCACGUAAUUACGACGCAUCGGGUCGAAAAUUGCCUUACCACUAUUACGGGAAAUUCUCUAACGUGACUGAAGAUAUUAAUUCUUUUAAGACUCCCCACAAUUGGGAAGCAGAAUUCAAGUUACUGACAGUGAUGCAAGCACAUGGCAUAAUGAAAUGGGUGACAAGUAAAUGCGUAUGA